GUAAAGGAAUCCAGGGCUGAAUAUAGCCUCAAUCUGUAUCCUGGUGAAAUCGAGAUAAGGUGAAUGAGAACUGCUAAAUUUUCCUGCAAUUCAAAUCUCUUUUCGAUUGAGUUUGUUCCAAACAGUGUCCAGCUGUACUUUGUUUAAGAGGAGCCUCUGGGGUGGAGGAAAAAAGCGGAGCAGAAGCUGGGAAAGGAAGUGAAAGCAUUUUUUUUAGGGCUGUCGUUAGACUACUUAAAGUGACACAUCUGGCAACUGAAGGCGGUGAGGGGGGAACGGGGGGAAAUAAAAAACAACUGAAGUUUCAAAGCCGGAGGAGCAAGCAGAUUCGAGAAAAAGACUGACAACAACGUGAAGAAAAGACUGUGUCAGGAGAGGGUGGAAAUGGCUUGGAUUUCACCCUGGCUGUGUACUUUCUCCCUAACCGCCCUGGGAUUGUUUUAUCCAGCUACUGGCUCUGGGGAAAGCAGCGGUCUAUCCAUCAGCGCAGAAGAUAAUAUCAUGGGGAAAUCUACCAACCUUGAAGCCAUUCAUCCAAGGGGAAGACAGAACUUGUACAGUGAGAACUGUGCCACGGGGUUCUAUGGCACAACUGAUGGAGCAUGUUUACCUUGUAACUGCCAUGGACAUUCGGAGCAGUGCCUUGAUGAUUCUGGAAUCUGCAUUAACUGUCAGAAUAAUACAACUGGGGACCACUGUGAAAAAUGUCUUGAUGGAUAUAUUGGUGAUGUUGUCCAGGGUCAUCAUAAGUCUUGUCAGCCUUGUCCCUGCCCUAUGAGUAUUCCUUCAAAUAAUUUUGCUGUUUCCUGUAAGAUUAAAGCCAACAAAUUACGUUGCUUCUGUCAGGAAAAUUACGCUGGACCCAGAUGUGAAAGAUGUGCUCCUGGUUACUAUGGAACACCAAUGCUGUAUGGAAGUAGUUGCAGAAAAUGUAACUGCAAUGGUAAUUCUGAUCCCAAUCUCAUAUUUGAAGACUGCAACGAGGAAACUGGGCAUUGCCGGAAUUGUCUGCGAAAUACAACGGGCAUCCAUUGUGAACACUGUGCACCAGGGUACUAUGGAGAUGCUAUUACUGCUAAAAAUUGCACAGACUGUCCCUGUCAGAAAUGUGGCACAGAUGAAUGUGAUCAUGCUACUGGGCAGUGUCGUUGUAAGCCAGGAGUAUCAGGAGCCUUCUGUGACCGCUGUGAGAUUGGUUACUAUGGAUACAGCAGUUGUUCUGGAUGUUUGAGAUGUGAAUGUGCUCUAGCUUCUAAGGAUGAAUACUGUGACCCUUUGAGUGGACGGUGUAGGUGCCUUCCUGGAGUCACAGGAAAGCGCUGUGACCGGUGUCUGUAUGGGUUCUGGAACUAUGGACAAAAUGGGUGCCAGAGAUGCAAUUGUGAAGGGCAGUGUGACAGUGAGACAGGAGAAUGUCUGUCAGCACCUACCGAAUCCCCAACUGACUGCUCCGUUGUCAGAUGUGACAAGUGUGUCUGGGACUUAAUUGAAGACCUAAAAUUAUCAGGAGCGUCACUAGGAGAAGCAAGGUUGAGUGUUCUAAAUGUCAUUACUGGAGAUGCCAUUAAUAACCGCUUGCAGGAAUUCAAUAUCACAGCGAUUCACUUCAACAUGCAGAUUGCAGACAUGUUAUCACAGUCAGAAUCAAAGAAACUUCAGAUAGAAGACAUUGAAGCAGCUAUGGUGGACUUUAUUGCUGAUCUCAACAUGCUGUCUGAGAAGGAAAACAUCACCAUAUCGAAUGCACAGCUGUUUAACAAAGAGACAGCUAAAAUCAGUGACCGUGCCAACCAGAUCAAUGGACAAAUUAACGAUAUUGCUGAUUUGGUCCAAGAUAUUAUUGAAGGCCUAAACAAAUAUGGAAUUGAAAAAGAACUGUCAGCUGAGGAAGUUAACAAAAGCUUUCAUGAGGCGAACCAGAUGUUGGAUGAGCUGAGAAACCGGAACUUUUCCAACCAAAAACCAUUGACUGAAGAAGAAAGAACACAAGCCCGGAAUUUGUUAAAUCGUGUUCAUGGGUUUUAUAAUAAGCUAAUGGAAGCCAAUAGCUCAAUUCGUAAAAUACAGGAAAAUAUUACCAAAUACAAUAAUGAUGUCUUAGACCUGAAGGAAGCACUUGAAGAUGCAAUCAAGACUGUUCAGCAGACAGAGGAGAAAAAUGAAGAAAACAUCAACGGUUACAAAAGAAAAGAGAGACUUCAAAAAGUAUUAAACAAACAUUUUGCUGCUGUAAAUGUGACGCUUAUAACGGCUAGUAAUAGCUUGAUAGACACGGAAAUUGCUAUAUCAGAACUAGAAAAUAAGAUUGUGAACUUGUCUACAUUCCAUGCCUCGAUAGAUGGUGCUCAAAACCUACUGAGGGAUAAACUGACUAAUCUCUCAACAUAUGACAAGUCCCUGGUUCUCCGUGCUAUAGACUAUGCUGAACAGCUUCGGAAACUUGCAUCAGAAUUGGCGAAUAUUUUGAAGAGUAUUGAUGCAAAUGGAAUUGUCCAGAAGGCUAUAAAUGCUUCAAAUGUCUACGACAAUAUUGUUCAAUAUGUAGCAGAGGCUGAGGAGAAUGCAACCACUUUACUCAAUGCUGCACAGAGAGCUGAGGAUGCUGUGGAAGGAAUUCAAACACAGAGUACCUGGCUCAGAAACAGCAGUGAGGCGCUGUUGAAGAAAGUGAGGGAACUAGAUGCAACCAUGUAUGACAAUGAUAAGACCACUUUUCAGGAUACCAGGCGCCAUGUGGAUGCAGUAAUUGGCAAGAAAAAUUACACAGUAAACCGUUUACAAAAUGCUGUAAACCAGUUAGCAUUGAUUGAGCCAAGUAAUAAGAACCGGUUCAACCAAUCAAAGCUAAUUGCAGAAGAAGCAAAAGACACUGCUGAAAUGGUCCUGCAAGCUGUAAAUGAUAUGGAUGAGUUUUUGAAAGGCUGGCCUCAGAAUAUAAGUGCUUCUGCUGAAGAUGGGACUGCUUUCAAGAAGACAGUGAGCUCAGCUGGUGACUCAGUGAAAAAUUUGACAGAAAUAGUUCCAAAACUCUUGGACAAACUUCGAAUCGUGGAACAGAAAAAGCCAGCCAGCAAUAUUUCUGCCAGUAUUCUGCGAAUUCGAGAACUCAUUGCACAGACACGCAAUGUGGCCAGCAAGGUUCAAGUUUCCAUGAAAUUUGAUGGCCAGUCUGCAGUGGAACUUCAUCCAAAAGCAAACUUGGAAGAGCUCAAGUCUUUUACUUCAUUGAGUUUGUUCAUGCGAGUUCCUUCAUUAAGUGAACAAGCUCAGGAUGCCAACAAAGACAGAUUCAUCAUGUACCUUGGAAACAAAAAUGGAAGACAAGAUUACAUUGGUUUGUGUAUUAAAAAUGACAACUUAGUUUAUGUCCACAAUCUUGGAAAUGGAGAUGUUGAGAUUCCUUUGAACUCAAAGCCAGUUAGCACCUGGCCAAACUACUUCAAUUUAAUCAAAGUAGAAAGAGUUGGAAGGCAUGGAAAAAUACAACUAACUGUACCUAGCCCAGGUAGCACAGAAGAGCAAAAAUUUAUCCAGAAAGGAGCAAGUGAAGGCAAUGAUUCUCUACUAGAUCUGGAAGCUGAUAACAUGGUUUUCUAUUUGGGAGGUGUACCUCCAGAUUUCCAGCUCCCUGCCAGCUUAAACUUUCCAGGCUUCGUUGGCUGUAUAGAACUGGCAACACUUAAUGAUGACAUAAUAAGCCUCUACAACUUCAAACGGACAUACAACCUGAACACAACAGCUGAGCGACCCUGUACAAGGUACAAGCUUGCUUUUGCCCAAAGUAGAACAGCAAAUUUCUACUUUGAUGGCUCAGGCUAUUCUUUUGUGCGUAACAUACAAAGGAGAGGAAAAUUCAACAUAGCAACUCGGUUCAAUCUAGACAUUCGCACACCAGCUGACAAUGCCCUCCUGUUACUGAUGGUGAAAGGGAAUACGUUCUUCAGUAUGGAAAUGCAAAAUGGUUAUAUACGCUUGGUUUAUGACUUUGGAUUCAGCAAAGGCCCCGUUGUUCUUGAGGAUACUGAUAAAAAGAAACGUAUAAAUGAUGCAAAAUAUCAUGAGGUCUCAUUCAUUUACCACAACUAUAAGAAGAUGAUCCUAUUGAUUGACAGAAUCAAUGUAAAAAGUGUUGAAAAUGAAAAGAAGAGCAUGUAUUUUACAGAUGUCUAUGUUGGUGGAGCACCUGAUCAGGUCUUAUCAAGUCUGAAGUCCUAUGUAGCUACGGAUGCUGGAUUUCGAGGUUGUCUCCGGAGUUUCCAGUUCCAAAGACGCGAUUUCAAUGUUCUAGAGGAAGAUGAGACAUUAGGGAUCAGCAAUGGUUGUCCAGAGGAAUCACUUAUGUCCCGCAUGGCGUAUUUCAAUGGGCAGGGUUUCAUCUCUUCCAGCGAAAAGAUCACACCAUUUUCAAACUUCGAAGGAGGUUUCAAUUUUAGGACAUUACAGUCCAAUGGGUUGCUUUUCUACUACAGUGAAGGACCUGAUAUCUUCUCCCUUUCUCUGAACAAUGGUACCAUCAUUUUCAAAAUGAAAGAAGCAACAAUGCAAUCAACAAAGAAACAAUAUAACGAUGGAUGGAAUCAUUUUAUUAGAGCAACUGUCUCCCCAUCAAGUUGCCAAUUAAUAGUGGACGACGAGGAUCAAACAACAGUUGAUUGUUCCACAGAAGAAUCUGUCUAUCCCAAAGGAAAAUUCUACUUUGGAGGUUCAGUCCAUGACCAAUAUGUUAACUUCACAGGCUGCAUCAGCAAUGCUUACCUCAGCAGAACAGAGAAAGAUAUUGCAGUAGAAGAUUUCCAGACAUAUGCUGAAAAGGUACAAGCCUCUCUGCAUGGCUGCCCAGCUGAAACUCAUCCAGCCGCAAUUAUUCAGAAACAUCAAAAGUAUGUUGCUAAAGCCAAGAGAGGUCGAGGAAGAAAGGUGAACAGUGGUACAGCAGAAUUACGAAAAGUUUCAGUGGUUCACAGUGGAAAGACAAAAGAAAAUGUCCUACAUGAAGAGUCACGCUGCUAUCUACCAACUCAUCCCAAGACAAUCCAACAUGCCCACCAAUAUGGCGGCAUUCCUAACAGUCGACAGGAGAUUUUUGGAAUCCCUGAAUAUUUCAAUCACAAAUCCCACUUCUCUGUCAGCAUCAGAACUAAAUCUUCACAUGGACUUAUAUUUUAUGUGGCGAAUAAAGAGGAAGACCAGUUCAUGACGCUUUUCAUUGCCCGUGGUCACCUUAUUUACUCAUUCAGUAAUGGCCGUGAAAAAUUGAAAUUAAGAAGUUUAGAGAAAUACAAUGAUGGUCUCUGGCACAAUGUUAUUUUCACACAUGAAAAUAAUAAAGGACGUUUAAUAAUAGAUGGUCUCCACAUUCUAGAGGGUAGUCUCAUCAGUCCUGUUUAUCCAUGGAAUAUAACUGAACCAUUUUAUGUGGGUGGUGUGCCAUUGGGAAAAGCUGCCAAAAACAUUCAGGUCAAGUCAAUCCAAAGUUUUAAUGGCUGUCUUCGGAACUUCCAGCUAAACAGACAGCGGUUGUUACCAGCAAGUCAAACAUUUGGUGUUACACCUUGCUUUGAAGGUCCGACUGAGUCUGGAACAUAUUUUUCCACAGAAGGAGGAUAUGUGAUUUUGGAUGAUUCAUUCAAUUUAGGAUUACAAUUUGAGCUUGUUUUUGAAAUUCGUGCAAGAAAUCAUUCAGGAAUACUGUUACAUAUUCAUAGUUACAACCGGAAAUACCUGAAUCUCUUCAUGGAAUAUGGACAGGUAAUAUUAAAAGUCAGCAAUGGAACUGCAGAGUUCAAAACAUCAGUUUCUCCAAAGCAAAGUCUGUGUGAUGGCCGGUGGCAUCGAAUAGCAGUUAUCAGAGCAUCAAAUGUUGUGCAGUUGGAUGUGGACUCUGAGGUAAACCACUUAGUGGGGCCAAUAACGUCACGCUCUUUCAGUCCCAAGGAGCCAGUAUUUGUUGGAGGAGUGCCAGAGUCACUACUCAGCUCAAGACUGAGCAUGCGCCAGUCAUUCACUGGUUGCAUGAGAAACUUCAACAUCAAUGAAACUCCUGUCAUUUUCGCCAAAGCUGCCCUGGUCAGUGGAGGAGUCAGCAUCAACUCAUGCCCUGCAGUUUAAUGCUUGCAAAUGCUGCUUCUGCAAUCUUUACAUAACUGCCUGAAGGAAAAUUGAUGCCAAAUCACAAUUUCACAUUUGGGGGUGCAGUAAUGUAUCUCAAUUGAAUCAUCUGUCAAGUUACUUCCUCCAUCUCAUUUCUUUUUAAUUUGUCCAUGCAUUUCUUUUACUUCAAGUUUUUUUCCAACAAAUUAGUUAUUGGAACCAAUAAAGUUACCUUUCAGUUUGUCAUGAUCAAUUUUGAAAGCACUAAGAAUGCAAAUUUAUGUUAUCAAAGGGUCAAAACGUUAAUUCCAAAUACUGAGCUUGAAUUGCAUGGUCGUUUUGCUAAAUACCAUUAGUUAAUACCAGUGAUAAUGAUGUGACUUUGCUAUUUGUAAGAAAGAGAUGCAGUGGCUCAGAUUAAUCAAGUUUGUUAUUGAUCUGAAGGGAUCAGGUGCAAUGACCCUAUUGUCCACAUUUGUCUCAUGUAAAUAAAAUAAAAAUAAUUUCUCUACAACCCUAUAAGUCCUCAUACUCAACCAUCUGAGUAGAAUUAUGUCAGUUCAAUUUCUAUCCAACAGGUGCUUCUGUUUCAUAGUUUAUAAGUAAUGAUCACACACCUGGCCAGUUAAAUGAUGCAUUCUGGUGAUUUGGAUGCUUCUUAGUUCCUCUAAUUAGUAAAUUGAGCACAAUUUCCCUUUCAUAAAGCAUGCAGACUUCAUUUGAUGGAGUUUUAUUUAAAGUCUCCUGCCAGAAUCUGCUUAAUACUGCAAUGAAUUCCAGCAUUUUGCCUGAUGACAAAUGCUAAGCAACGAAUAUAUUGUUGCCUACUUUCUGCCUCCCUUCUGUCUCAAAUGGAAGAGAUCCAUUAGCUAUUUUCCAAUCCAAUGAGACCUUUCCAAAAUCUUGGGAACUCUGGAAAAUUAACACUAUCUCAACAGCCUCUCAAAAAACUCUAAAUAAAGUCCAUCAAGAUCAAUGUCAGACUUUUCUCAAUAAUCUUUCCCAGAUGAUUGUCGUUGCUUAAAGUUCCUUCCUCAGUUUUACUUAUUGAUUUAUAAUAAUUUCUUCUGCCUUUCGCAAAAAAUUAAUGCAAAAAUGUAGUUUUCCUCAUUUUUGUCAGUGUUUGUUUUGAUCUUCUGUCCAAACCUCAGACCUGCCAGGCAAAUUUGCAGAAUUCUGCAAUUUAUUUUUCUCCAUUUGACACUAUCUUUUAAUUUUUUAAUAAUCGACAUGUCCUUCCCCGACAGAUUUUCUUUCUCAUCGGGAUGUAUCUUUGCUGAGGAUUAUUAUUACAGAAGAAUCCCUGCAGUGCAGAUACAGGCCAGCCCAACAAGUCCACACCAACCCUCUGAAGUGUAUCCCACCCAAACACAUUCCCCUUCCUACAUGUAGGAGAAAGUGAGAACUGCAGAUGCUGGAGAUCAGAGCUGAAAAUGUGUUGCUGGAAAAGCACAGCAG